AUGAAGAAUCCAAAAAAGAAUGCUCCAAAACGUUAUUUUGAUGUCGAAGAAAAGAAUUCUGAGCAUAAACAACAAGAUGUGGAAGUAUACACGAUAAAGAAAAAUAACAAUAAAAGAACAGACAAUAAUCGUAUACAGAAAAGAAAACCACAUAAAAACUUUAAAGGGAAAGCUCCUAUAAACCCAGAGAAAUUGGAAGCACAUUCGCGGGGCGAAGGUGUAGGUAAGGGUGUGAAACACCCACUACAUGCUGAAAAAUUGAAAAAAAAGGAGAGGAAGUACACUUAUGCUCAAGAACAAGCGGCUAGGGCUGAAAUAUUGUUGACAGAAGAUCAUGGUGGUUUAGAAGUAGAUGAGGAUGUAAAAACAACAGCGAUAUCACAGAAGAUCAUAGCAGAGAAUGUAGACAUAUCUGCCGCGACUAAAAUAUUCGAACUGAACCUAGAUUUUGGGCCAUACAGAGCCAAAUAUUCCAGAAAUGGCCGCCAUUUACUACUCGGCAGUAAAAAAGGACAUUUGGCAGCUUUUGACUGGGUUACAAAGAAACUGCAUUUUGAAAUAAAUGUUAUGGAAUCUAUUCAUGACAUCAGUUGGAUGCACACAGAAACAAUGGUGGCUGCCGCUCAGAAAGAAUGGCUAUACAUGUAUGACAAUACGGGGACAGAGUUACACUGUGUUAAGAAGAUGGAUAAGAUAUUGAGGAUGGAGUUCCUGCCCUAUCAUUUCUUACUGGCCGCUGUUAACGAAUUUGGCUUCAUGACAUGGCUGGACAUUUCCAUUGGAGAAGUAGUAGGACACUAUAACAAUCAUUUAGGAAGGACAUCAGUAAUGGCACAGAAUCCAUAUAAUGCCACAAUAUGCUUAGGAAACUCUAAAGGAGUUGUUUCACUCUGGUCUCCGACUAUUAAGGAACCACUGGCGAAGAUAUUAUGUCAUAAAACACCACUCACUGCUAUUGCUGUAGAUAAUAGAGGAAUGUACAUGGCUACAUCAGGAGUAGACAGAAGUAUGAAAAUCUGGGACAUUAGGAAUUUGGACGGGCCUGUACAACACUACAGACUAAGAAGUGCUCCCGUAGACUUAGAAUUCUCACAGAAGGAUAUGCUCGCCGUCGGGUUGGAUGAAGUCGUAGAAAUAUACAACAAUUGCUGCUCACAAACAACAGACAGACCAUACUUGAGGCAUCGGAUGGCGAAAACUAUAACUAACUUCAAAUACUGUCCGUAUGAAGAUGUGUUAGGAAUUGGAACAAGAAGUGGAUUCACCAGCAUUAUUGUACCAGGCAGCGGAGAGCCCAACUUCGACGCGUUGGAGAGCAAUCCCUUCCAGAACAAGAAACAGAGGAAGGAGGCUGAAGUUAAAGCGUUGCUGGACAAGAUACCUGCAGAACUUAUCACGCUCAAUCCAUUUGAUAUCACUGAGGUUGAUGUGCCUUCUCUGCAGGAGCAAAUGGAAGCCAAGAAAAAACUUUUGUACCUCAAACCGAAGAAAAUGGACUUCACUCCUAGGCAUAAGAAGAAGGGCAAGACGCAAAUAGCGAGAAAGAAGAUUAUAAAACAAGCAGCGAGACAGGAGUUCAUAGAACAAGCGAAGGAAGCACAGAAAGCACUUGACCUACCACAGCCAGAAGCUGCAAAGAAACCUUCAUUCGGUGUCCUCGACAGAUUUGUGCCAACAAUUAAAAAUAAGAAAUAA